AUGCUUCUGCGCACGCCGGACCUGUCGCUGACAAAAUCGGAGGUGCGGAGGACGGUCCUGAGUCUGGACGACUUGAGCAGAGGCGGGGGAGUCGACAGCACGGACGGCUGGGAGAAGGGGAGUUCUAGAACGCGGGAGUCGUGCAGGGGCCAUGCCUCUCGUAGAGCCGCGCAGAGCGAGCUGCUGCAUGUUGGGAUGACCGCAGGAUCAGCAAGACGGUUGCUGGGGUCAGCACGCCGUGCCCGGCCUCGAGUCGCCUCUUGCCAGCAGCAGCAGCCUCUCGCUGCUGCUGCUGGCAAGGGGAGCGGGGAAGGGGGGCAGGGAGCUGGGAAGGGGGAGCGGGGAAGGGGGAGCGGGGAUCUGGGAAGGGGAGCUGGAAAAGGGGAGCAGGGAGCUGGAAGGGGGAGCUGGGAAGGGGGAGCGGGGAUCUGGGAAGGGGAGCUGGGAAAGGGGAGCAGGGAGCUGGGAAGGGGGCGCGGGGAGCUGGGAAGGGGAGCUGGGAAGGGGGAGCAGGGAGCUGGGAGGGGGAGCAGGGAGCUGGGAAGGGGAGCAGGGAGCUGGGAAGGGGGAGCGGGGAUCUGGGAAGGGGAGCUGGGAAAGGGGAGCAGGGAGCUGGGAAGGGGGAGCGGGGAGCUGGGAAGGGGGAGCGGGGAGCUGGGAAGGGGAGCUGGGAAGGGGGAGCGGGGAGCUGGGAAAGGGGAGCAGGGAGCUGGAAGGGGGAGCUGGGAAGGGGAGCAGGGGGCUGGGAAGGGGAGCAGGGGGCUGGGAGGGGAGCAGGGAGCUGGGAAGGGGAGCAGGGGGCUGGGUACCGCGUGCGGGUCCAGCCCAGAGCUAAGGUGA